AUGUAUUUGCAACUCUCAGUAGCAGUGAUCGGCAGUCUUCUGACGUUAUCAGCGUUUGCUUCUGAUGAUGAAGAACGCCUUAUGAUGGACGUUUUUCGCGGUUACAAUUCACUUAUACAACCGGUGAAGAACAUUAGCGACACUCCAAUCAUCGUGAAGAUUGCACUGCAACUUGUACUGCUUAUCAAUGUCGUACGACGAAAAAGAUCAAGUGAUGCAUACGAACGUGUGGUUAACAUUGGUAUGUGGCUUACUCAUGAUAUGAUCAACGAUCUAGCUGCUAGUGAUUGA